GGGAGCGCGCAAAACUAUCGUCGUCAGCGAUCAGCUUCUGCAAGUCGUUCGUAGGAUUUUCCCGAAUUUCCAUCUUCGAUCGUGGGUGAUAGUUCACCCCUUCAUUGUGAACCCCGUAAGGGUGAUCCGUCAAGAACUGUCACGAUGGAGAACUACGUGAAGAUAGAGAAGAUUGGCGAGGGGACCUACGGUGUCGUGUACAAAGGACGUGACAGGCGAUCGAAUCAACUAGUCGCCAUGAAAAUGAUUCGACUCGAAAAUGAAAAUGAGGGCGUUCCCUCGACAGCUAUCAGAGAGGUCUCAACACUCAAGGAGCUACAGCACAAGAAUAUCGUCAGUCUCGUGGAAACAGUUCUCCCUGAAGGCAAGCUCUAUCUCGUUUUCGAAUUUCUGAAAAUGGACUUGAAGCGUUACCUCGACUCGUGCAUUCCGAAGAAAGAGUUCUUACCGGAAGCAGUAAUUCGGCAAUUCAUGUACCAACUCAUGGAUGCCAUGGUUUACUGUCAUCAGCGCCGCAUCAUGCAUCGAGAUCUGAAGCCGCAAAACAUCUUGGUCAACAAUGAUGGCUCACUGAAAAUCGCCGACUUCGGUCUUGCACGUUCUUUUAGCGUCCCGGUUCGCGUUUAUACUCACGAAGUCGUCACUUUAUGGUACCGAGCACCCGAAGUACUUCUUGGUUCUCCCAGAUAUUGCACGCCAGUCGACAUCUGGUCGGUAGGAUGCAUCUUUGCCGAGCUUUUCACCAAGAAACCCCUCUUCCAUGGGGACUCCGAAAUCGAUCAGCUGUUCCGCAUUUUCCGGACACUCGGCACCCCGACAGAAAGCGAGUGGCCCGAGGUGACGAGCAUGCCAGAUUACAAGCCGAAUUUCCCCAAAUGGAAAACAAACAUCUUGUCUGCACACUGCAAGCCGGUCACGGGUGUAGCGUUGGACCUCUUGCAGAAGUGCCUCAUCUACAAUCCGAUUCGCCGGAUCCCUGCGGUAGCUGCGCUGGAGCACGACUACUUCAAUGAUUACAAUCCAGACGAGCCGGUCGAGGUGCCGUAUCUUAACACAUAAAUGUCUUAACUACGUGCUUAUGUGGUGUGCUCUACGACUCGGAUCCGGACUGAUUUCGGAAAUUUAAAACUAAUCUCGCCCAUGAGAAUUGAAGCGGUUUCACACAUGAAUGCUAUGAUCUUUCCAAGAGAAUAAAGACGGACAAGACUCUCUCGCUGAAGUGAGCCUUAGAUUUA